ACCGAUGCAAAUUUUGGAUAUUUAUAUCACAUUCUGGAAGAGUGAGGAACCUCAUAAGUUGCAGAAAAGUAAAUGGACAAUGACUCACUGGCGUAAAAAAGGUUCUGGGAGACGCACACUGCUCCUACUUGUCCUCUUGGCUCUGGUAUUGGGGGGCACUGCACUCUGCUUAGCCUCGGUCAACCUGCUACUGACCACCACAGGAUGGGGCAAGACUCUACGCCAAGGACAGGUGCUACUGCAUCAGGAUUUACCCUACCAACAGCUGGACACUGAGACUCAGAUCUAUUACCAGAAUGUUUGGGAGAAGCAGCAAUAUCUUUAUCAGAAACUGAGGGAGAAGAGCCGGCCCAGACGCGCAGCAAAAGAUAAGAAGAAACGUAAACCACCACUGUAUGCAGCUCAUUAUGAAGUCAGAUCACCCAAAGGAUGGGGUCAGACAGAGAUGAAUGCAGACAAAAAUGGUACAAUCCUGCACUGGGUUGAGGUCCCUCUGAAUUCCAGCAGCCCAAUCCAGUAUCAUGGCAAGAGGGGUGAAUUCAUCGUGAACCAGAGAGGACUGUACUAUCUAUACUGCCAGGUUCACUUCAAUGAGGCUAGAAGUGUCUACAUCAAGCUCGAUAUCCUUCUAGAUGGUUCUCUGAUCUUUCGUUGCUUGCAGGAAUUCUCCACCACUGCUGCCAGCAUCCACGAUCCAAAGGUGAAAACUUGUGCUGUGUCUGGGCUCUUCUCCUUGCGGCCCAACUCAUCUCUCCGUCUUCGCACUAUCCCAGAUGCAAGUCUUAGAGUAGAUCGAUUCCUGACCUACUUCGGACUCUUCCAGGUUCACUGAUGUAGCGUUCAGUGAUGUAAUCCUAGCACCUCCCAACAGAGAUAGAUUGGAGAUGGUUUUAGGGAUCCCGUUCCACGUUGGACUCCUGUAUUACAAAUAUGGACCACAGAGACAAGAUUUAUUUGUACAUUCAGAACCAGGAGGAACCUCACUACCAUGGUUUAUAAUUUCUGAGGAGAUGUAUCUAAAAUAUAGAGGUCUGCACACACUGUAAAUGACAGACAAAAGCAGUUUGGUUUCACAAUGAUAGAACCAUACACACGCCAGACAAUUGCUGUUUGCUUAUGAUUAAUGUGUGCAGGAAUCAAGAAAACCGCAGACCCAGAUGCUGCAGAUAUUACAUGCCCUCUGACAAGUGAAAGAGAAGGAGCAGAAUGUACUGCAAAUCAUGAGCAAUCAAAGAACUUGGUGCUUUGCUAAUUUCAAUGUAUGUAAAUCCCCAAUGUGGGAACAAACCCAAAAAGACAGAGGAGAUUUAUAAUGUGGAAUAAAAGAUAGAUGAGGACUAAAUGCAGCAGAAUCCAAUGGAAAUAUAAAAAAAAAAUGACUGUUCUCAAAGACAAAGAGGGCAAUGGAUAGCAACACCCAGAAUGCAUUGCUCAUCUAGAAUUACUGCAUAACGGUUUUCCAAAGCUAGGUAUGAUAAUGGACACCCAACAACUGGACUGCAGUGAAGAUCUAGUCUCCCUCCCAAAAGGGACACUGCAAUUAUGAUCAUCAUAAAUCCAACGGAGACCUAAGCACAGGGGUGUUUCCGAAUCAAGAUUUUGGGGUGCUUGAUUGCAUUUCACAGCAUGGAUGGAACCCUAUCAAAUGGGGGUCAAGGCAUCCUAAUCAAGGCAGGUUAAUCUGUGCUGUACCAUAGCUUUAUAAAUAAACCGACUGAAGGGUUCUAAGAUGAAUGAAGGAGGACCUUCCUGUGUGUUAAAGCAACAAAUUGAAUGGCAGUGAGCAAGAAGGGCAGUCUCUAUAUCUGCUGUGAACAUUCCUCAUUUAUCUACAUUAUAGAUAUAACUACUGCUGGCCAAUCACGUCUUGCUCCUGUAUGACCUUCUGCCUUCUCUUGGCAAGUACCAACUAAAAAGUUGUUGAAGAAGAAGCCAUCAGUAUUAUUAGAAUGCAGAAAGGUUAACAGAGAUAAAUGUAAUAGAAUCAGCAACAAAACACACAUCAAAUGCACUUUAAUACUUACCAACAACUGUUGGAGAAUUGUCUGUGCCUCUGCUGGGUUCUCUAGCCUAAUGCGUCUUUUCUUAGGGUAACACAGCGAGACUCAAACUCUCAGGAGGAGCUACGAUCUCUGGUCUCCCCUGUAACACUUCCAUUUGAUCUUAUCUCUGACCAUAUAGUUGACAAAGACAACUCGGAUUCCAAUACCAGGGUGCAAAAUGUAUUGUUGGGUUGGUGAGGAGAAACAAGGACAUAGACAGGCAACUCAAGACAAAUACAGAGAGGGAGAGUAAUUGGGUUAGAGGGUAACAGUAAGUGGCAGAUGGGAAUUAAGCACAGCCUUUAGUUGUACCCAGAAAGGUAAGAAGGCAUUAGCUAAAAGACUUCAGGCAAGGCAUAGUGGAACAGGGGUAGAAUCAGAAAUGAGAAUAUCCAGACAUCUGGUCUUGUUGGCCUCACCCUAAUGUUAUUCGCUACAAGUUAGUCUUGCCUUCCAUAUAAUCAAUGCUCAAACGGGUUACAAGUUGGUAUAGCCCUCAGAACAUCUCAUUGGCCACAUUCUGGUCUCCCCUGCAGAUGAUGUAGAUCUAGGAAUAUACCACAGUUGAGGAUCACAGAGCUAAUGUCUUAAACAUGAUCUUUAGCAAAUGUGACUGCAAGGCAGAGAAUACCCUGCAACUCUGGAAAGGGAGAAGGUGUUGGGUCAAGAUGCUUGUAAGAAUUGGCUGUAUUUUGGCAAACAAAAAAAAAUCUCACACAUAUAUGUGUCGAUCGUGCCAAUUUAGACAUUUCUGACAAUUUGUGAGAACACCAUAUUCCAGCCUCUUUUAAGGCCUGUGUCAAGUAUGAUUUUAAUAGUCUUCUAGUUAUUAGGAUUUUGGUAAGUUCCAGUUUUUUUACAGCUCACCAAUGCCCUGACUCAGUUGCCUGGUGCUCUCUUUUCUGCUGUAGCUUGUUGAGUAGGGGGGGCACAAUUACCUGUAGGCAGCCAUCAACUCAGGAAGAAAUGAACAAGAGAAAGGAAGACAAAGGCCCAUUAUUUUUAACAUUAAAUACUCAUGAAAUACUAUUUGGCCUAAACCUACUCGCAUCAUCAUGUCUAUAUCAACACUUCCCCGCAGUGCUUCAUAUAUUUGCGUCAAUAGCUCCUACAUUGUUGGUACGUUCCAGAACACACUAGUCACUAGCUCCCAUGCCAAUGGGCAAGAGUCUCUCUGUAUGCUAGUGGUUUGCACACAAAGGAGCAAUUGCUACCGCAAAUUCACCAGUGUGAUGUAAUUUAGUUACUUCGCUGAUUUACUAACGGGUGCUGGCGUAAAUUCACCAGUGCUUGGCAAAUUAAUGCUAGCGCAACUUCGCUACCUUUCGCCUCCCUGAGCGGAACUUUGGAUUUUAGUGAAUUAGCGGCACUCGGGCGAAACUUUGUAUUAUAUUCAUUGCGUGUAUGGUGUGAGACGAGAUGACCGAUAUCGGCAGAAGACUUGGAUAUCAGUCGGCUUGCCGAUCAGGCUGACUGGAAUAUUUCGAAGGCACCGAACAUCGGCCAUUGUUAGUGGGGAAUCAUCCAUUCAUUUCAGGUUUCUCUUGCAAUCGUGCCUCUUAAUGGGCACAAUCCUUUUGAGCGGGUGUAAUGCUAAGUCAUCUUGAAAAAUCCAAUUCCCUCCCAAUGGUCCAAAACUAUUUUGAGAUGAAAUAUCCGUGAUGAGUGGUUGCCAUUCACUAGGCCUGGAUAUUCCAUGUAAAUGCCUUUUUUGGCCUGCAUCUCUCAUUAACAUCUCCCUUGCUAGUAAACGACAUACCCUAAUUACCCUUACAGGAAAGAAACCCGUCUUUUGCUGAUUGUAAAACCACCUGUCCUACAGUCUUAGUGGCUAGUAGGGAUGAGCAGAAUAUUUUGCUGUGAAAAAAUACCCAUAGUAUCUAAUGUAAAAUAAAAUGUUACUCAGUUUGAAAAAAGUUGAGAGAAAAAGCACCCUCUUACAACAACAGCCUAUUUACUGCACUGAAUGCUACAUACUGGUGCUAUGAGGUGGUGCACUGGGUAGUUUCCUAUAAAAUCUUUACAGUGGUUUCUCAAGUGCCCUUAAUGCAGCCAUUGUUGAACUAUAGUCUCCACUGUUCUCUGGUCGGAGCCGAUGAUAGGCUGGAAUAUCUGGACCACAGCCAUUAUCGGUCUAUUGUAACUAGAAGUGCAAAUCCAGGCACUAUACAGGGCAGAGUUUGCACAACUGCGGUUUUUCAAAUUUAACUGCUAUCUGCUGUAGACUCUGUGAGCCGAGGAUCCUGCACAUUUCCUAUGUCCUGACCUUGUACUGUACAGGGGUCCAGCCAUGUGCAGGGAGGGCGUGGCUUUGCAUUUACCAGAUAUAUUAAUAUAUGCAUUUAUAACUGUCACUUAUAAUAAAGGUAUAUUUUAUAAAGA